UCACAUUCUCUAUCAAAAAUGCGCAAGUUUGUGUGUUUACAAACCAAACUAGUUCAAGUUUAUUUUGCAUUGGCAAACAAUUUAAAAAGAGCGUCACAAUUUAUUCUAUUUUACUAGCGCAAGUGAACCGUAGUAGUGGCAACAAUUAAGGAAAUUUUGCACUUUGAUUAAAACGAGGCAAACAUAAUUAUCCAUGUCACCAUAACUAUCUACGGUAGGACGACGCGUGUAAUGGCAGUAAGGCUUCGAAUCCAGUCACUCCAGUGUGCAUCAUUAAAUCAUUCAAACUAUGUAGCAUGCAAGCACAUGCAAUUUUUCACGUUAACGAAGCUUGGAUAUAUAUAGGCGAUCAUUCGUGUAUGCCAAUACUUUUGUUUCAAUUGCAAUCAGCAGGCAGCGAUAACAGACCGCAGUGUCUGAUACAAUAAAAAUGCGCUUAUCGUUGCAUACAGCAUGCGACUGGGUGCAUAUCUUAGUAGUGUUCGCGUGUGGGAUUACCACCGUAAUUGGUUGUGGUUUUGACAAAUGUCAUGAUGUGUUUGAAGAUGAAAUUAAUGUCCACAUGGUCAGUCACAGCCACGAUGACGUCGGAUGGGUAAAAACUGUCAAUCAGUAUUAUAAUGAUCAGGUGCAAAAUAUUUUAAACAGCGUGGUGGAUGCGCUUUUAGCUAAUCCCGAAAGAAAAUUUAUACAAGUGGAAACAUCUUACUUGUACAUGUGGUGGAAACGUCAAUCAAAGCAACGUAAGGACCAAGUACGCUACUUAUUCAAAACUGGACAACUAGAAACAGCCGGUGGAGCAUGGAGCAUGAAUGAUGAAGCGACAACACACUAUCAGGCUAUUAUUGACGGAUUUACUCUCGGUCUAAGAUUUAUCAAUGACACAUUGGGGCCAUGCGCAGCUCCAAAAGUGGGAUGGCAAGUUGAUCCGUUUGGUCAUAGCCGGCAAAUGGCAACAAUAUUUGCAGAAAUGGGCUUCGAAGCGUUGUUCUUUGGUCGUUUGGACUAUCGUGAUAAAGCUGAACGCAUUGCCAAUAAGACAAUGGAGAUGAUGUGGCGCGGCCAUACAGUAUUAGGAAAGAAUUCUGAGAUUUUUACUUCUGCACUGUACAAUUUGUAUCAACCACCUGAUGGUUUUUGCUUUGAUAAUGUUUGCGGAUACAGCAUUGGACCUUAUAAUGAAGAUACAAAAGUUAGACAAUUUGUAUAUUAUAUUGAGGAAAUGAUGCGAGCAUACAAAACAAAUAAUAUUUUAAUUACAAUGGGCGGUGAUUUUACGUAUACAAUAGCUGAAGUUUACUUUAGAAACAUAGAUUUUUUGAUCAAUAGUAUUCGAAAACGAAAGUUACGCACUUCAAACAACAAAAAGAUAAACAUUUUCUAUUCUACUCCUGCUUGCUAUUUCGACGCUGUUCGAAGUUCAACAAAUCUCAAUGAAUUACCCCUAAAAACUGAUGAUUUCUUCCCAUAUGCAGAUAGGGCAUUCUCAUACUGGACAGGAUUCUAUACAUCGCGACCAACGAGCAAAAGAUUAGAACGUGAAGGAAACAAUUUGUUGCAGGUCUCGAAGCAAUUAGCUGUUUUAUCUCACGUUGGUGCAAAUCGUGACUUAUUUGAUUUAUCUAGCGCGAUGGGAAUCAUGCAACAUCAUGACGCCAUUACUGGUACCGAAAAACAGUACGUAGCAAAUGAUUACGCGCGAUUGCUGCACGAUGGAAUGUUAGGGGCCGUGGCCGAAAAUAGCAAGCGCAUCGAAUCUCUUUAUGGUGUUAAUUGGAAUAGAGACUUUGUUACAUGCACGUUGUCGAACAUGAGCAUAUGCUCCACGGGUAGACACAAGCGAUUUGCCGUUAUCUUGUACAAUCCGCUUGCAUACAGUGUUAGUCAUCACGUGCGUUUACCGGUGGCUAAUCACCGGUAUACAAUUAGAAAAUCUCUUAGCGAAAAGGUACCAUGUCAAAUGUCGACUCCCUUAAGAAAAUUUAGUGAUAUUCAUCAUGGUGACUCACAUCCGUAUGAACUCACAUUUCUUGCUGAAAACAUUCCAGCAUUAGGUAUUAAACAAUAUUUGAUAACUGUGGAUGAACAGGCUGAGCCUGUGUUAUUGAAACCAGUAGAACCUGAAGAUUUUUUGCAAUUGGGUUCCAAGGACUUGGGAUUAGUAGUUGAUUCUGAUUGCAAAGUGAAGGCUUAUUUUACGUCAAGAGAAAGUGUUGAAUUUGAACAGAAACUAAUGUAUUAUAAUUCAAAAAUUGUGGCUGCUCGGAUGAACGCUGAGGGUCGACCAUCAGGAGCAUAUAUUUUUGCACCUGAGGGACCUGCUGUCGAAUUCCCUUCAAUGAGGUGUUAUAUACGCACAGGUCCAUUGUAUGACGAAAUUCGGCAAGAAUACGAAGACUGGGCAGGACAAAUUGUGCGGAUUUAUAAAGAUUCUAAAAAGUACAUUGAGUUUGAUUGGACUGUUGGUCCAAUUGAGUUACUGAAAUUUCAAGGGAAAGAAAUUAUAUCUCGCUUUAAAACAAACCUGAAUAGCGGAGAUCUGUUCCGUACGGAUACAAAUGGUAGAAGUUAUAUAAUUAGAAAGCGAAAUGAUCGUGAAACGUACCGAUUUGAACCUGAAGAUGAGAUUUCCAGCAAUUACUAUCCGAUCACGACAUACAUUGGUAUCGAAGACUUUACAAAUAAUAAGUAUUUGACAAUUUUCAGUGAUAGAGCUCAAGGAGCAACUAGUUUGGCUUCUGGUGAAAUAGAAAUCAUGUUGCAUCGUCGUUUGGUUCAAGACGAUUCUUUGGGAGUUGAAGAAGUUCUUGAUGAGAAAGAAAUAUUUAUGGGUGCAGUGGCUCGUGGACAGCAUAUAAUUGAUUUUGGUUUGAUUGAAAAUAGAGAUGAUGAAAGCAUUUCUCGUGAGAUACUACUAAAGCCUUGGCAAUUUCUGAUACCCACUGCAAUUAAUGAUAUGAACGUUUGGAAAGUAAUUAGCAAAACUUACUUUGGGCUAACACGAGAAUUUCCAAAAGAUAUUCACUUAUUGACAUUGGAACCGUGGAAAAAAUGGGAAGACAAGAUUCUUAUACGUUUAGAACAUAUUAAUGAACAUGGUAUUACUCAGAUAUUAGAUUUGAAGAAUGUAUUUACCGCAUUUAAAAUAAUAAAUAUCCGGGAGACAAAUUUAGCUGGAAAUCAGUGGAUAGAUGGGAAUAAAGUGAGACACUAUUCGAAACAUCAUUUGUUGCCAUACGUUUAUACCACACGUAAAAACGUUGUUGAAAGUUUCCAAGUUCUACUAAAACCACUACAAAUUCGAACAUUUGUGUUAACAAUCAAAUAUUACACAUAAGCAAAUAGAAAAAUAAUGUAAGACUUAUAAUUGGAAUAAUUCACAUAUUUGAAUAAAUAAUUUGAACCAAA